ACAUUCAUCUUUUUAUUUUUUGUGGUCACAGUGCUAAGAAAAUGUUUUAGUUCUGUUAACGGGAGCCUGAUAUUAUAAGUGAAUAAAUUGUGGACUCUAGCCGUCAAGCAUUGGCCACCACCAAAAUGAGCGAGUUCUUUAAGUCGCUGAACUUUAACUACUUCUCCAGCGAGGCCAACGAAACGGCAGGAGGCGGAGCACCAGGAGCCCUCGGGGGCAGGCUGGACAACGACUUCGUGGGCCAGUUCGUAGAAGUAGCUGGGCACAGGCUGUGCAUCAAGUGUGUCAUUGCCGAAGGCGGAUACGCCUUUGUGUACGUAGCCCAAGAUGUGCAAACUAGCACAGAAUACGCCCUCAAGCGCUUAAUCGCGGCUGACAAGCAGGCCUCCACCGCCAUCAUCAACGAGAUCAGCAUCCACAAGCAGGUGUCGGGGCACGCAAACAUUGUCGCCUUUGUGGGUUCCAGUUAUACCGCCCCGUCAGCUCAAUUAGGAGCUCAGUACCUGCUUCUCACCGAGCUGUGUAAAGGCGGCUCACUGGUCGACUGCUUAAGAACAAACAAUGCCCCGAUCGAUCCCACCUGUGUGCUGCGCAUCUUCUACCAAAUGGCUCGGGCUGUGGCCAGCUUGCACGCACAGUCUCCGCCGAUAGCCCACCGAGACAUAAAGAUCGAGAACUUUCUCAUUGGCAACGACAAACAAAUCAAGCUGUGCGACUUUGGAUCCGCCAGCACGGAGGUGCAGUCACCCACCUUUCAGUGGAGCGCCAACCAGCGCAGCAUGCUGGAGGACCAGCUAAACACUGUUACUACACCGAUGUACCGAUCUCCUGAGAUGCUCGACACUUGGUCCAACAACCCCAUCGGACCCAAAGUGGAUAUAUGGGCUCUCGGCUGCAUCCUCUACUUCCUGUGCUAUCGCAAGCAUCCCUAUGAGGAUGGCGGCAAGCUACGAAUCAUUAACGCCAAUUACAUACUACCGCCAGAUCCUCAGUACCAGUGCUUUCGCGAUAUAAUCCGAGGCUGUUUAAAAGUGAACCCCUUCGAGCGCCUGGAUAUUGCCAUGGUGCUAGAAGGCCUCGCAGCCCUCGCUGAGACACAUAAUUGGUCGCUUAAAGGACCUCUAGACAUUCAUACAACUCCCAUCGAGUCUCUUCCGACCGAGAGUCCUUAUCGCAAAAGUUCGGUUCACUCUGAGUUCUUCACCGAACCGUCUAACACCACUCCCCACCCUACACCGCUCUCCGCCACCGUACCAUUAUCUAGUAAUGGACACGGAAGUCUUCUGUCAUCCCUUCGAGGCGGCGCUGGAACGCUUUUAAAGAACAUUAAAGAUACGUCCACCAAAAUGAUGCAAACAAUGCAACAAUCUCUUGGUCGCAACGAUCUUGAUAUAAGCCACAUUACCUCUCGUAUCCUGGUAAUGCCCUGCCCGUCUGACGGAUUUGAGUCGACGUACAAGACGAACAACAUCGAAGACGUCCGACUAUAUCUAGAGAGCCGUUUUGUCCCACAAAAAAUUAGUAUUUACAACUUCGAUCAACGAACAGAGCCACGUCUACCGCCACCCGUGAGGACCGUUGAGGCAUGUUCAGUUUAUGGGUGCCCACAGCCACAUGCUCCCAAUCUGGAGGGCCUGUUUACCGUAUCAGCGGACAUGUACAAUUUUCUCAACGCGGACCCUAAAUCUAUUGUAGUCGUGCAGACUGGAGACUCGGGUGGAUGCACUGCCGCCACCGUUAUAUGCGCGCUUCUUAUGUACGCAGAUUUGCUUCAGGAACCGGAAGACGCGGUGCAAGUUUUCGCUGUCAAGCGGCAUACCAUUAACCUGCGCCCCUCCGAGUUCCGCUACCUGUACUACUUCGGUGACAUUCUGCGGCCCACGCCCCUGCUGCCGCACUACAAGAAUACAAACCUUGUAUCUAUGACUUGCCAGCCUGUGCCCAGAAUGAGCAAGGCGCGCGACGGCUGUAGGAUCUAUAUGGAGGUGUAUUGCAAUGGGAACUUGCUGCUUAGCACACUGCAGGACUAUGAAAUUAUGCGGUUUUAUCAGGUCGAAUCCGGUAAAAUAGUUCUGCCGAUUAACUUGACCGUCUGCGGUGAUGUGACAGUGGUGUUGUUCCACGCCCGAAAGGGAAUGGUGCGACCACAAGGCCUAAAGAUAUGUCAGUCUCAAUUUAACACGGGAUUCAUCCCCGAACCAGAAACGUUGAUUACAUUCACAAACAAGGACCUGGAUGACUUGCCAGACUCUGAGCAGGUGCCACCUCGCUUCUGCGUUUCACUUUCUCUGGCUGUGACUGCCUUGGAGUCACCUCCCAGCCGUAAGCCACCAUGGUUGCCAGCCAAGCCCAUGCGAUCAUCCGCCGCUUUGUUUAGCUCAGAUUUGGAGUAUGCAGAGAUGGUCGACAAUUUUGUGACCAAGCCCAGCACGCAUUCCUCGCUACCAUCAAGCGCCCGCACCAGGGAGAGCGCCAGCUCUCCCCUUGUUUUGCCCGAUGUCACGGAGACCGCCCACGAACUUCCGUCGUCCACGCCAGAGCCUUCUCCACCCAUAGACUUGCUUAAUUUGAACCAGCAGACCAGUGACGUACCAGCAGCAGAUCCGUUAGCCAGCGCCAAGCCUAGCACAGAUGCCAGCUUUGACUUGUUGGGGGCCUUCGGUGAUGAUGACUCCACGGGCAUAGGCUCAGCGCCAAUUCCUGACAUAUUGCCACCACCGCCACUGCAGCAGCCGCAACCACAAAUAAACUCUGACCCAUUCGACAUAUUUGGAUCUGUGGACCCAGGCAACGUGCCCAGCUUGAAGCCAUCGGGCUUUGCACAUUUUGGCUCCGUGCCAACUUUUGUUGCUAAGCCAGCGGCUACGAAUCUUUCACCAACUCAUCCAGUAAAGGCAUCUGCAGAUCCAUUUGCAAACAUCGCCGACAUGGUGACGGAGUUCAACAUAAACUUUAACCGCAGCACGCUAUGUGGAAAGUCUCCCGUCGGCACUAGUCCCCAGCCGACUCAGUUCUCAAGCCCGACUCACAAGCCAUCACCAUAUUCGCAACCACAAGCAACGUUUAUGCAAACACCGCCGCAAUCGCAAACUCAUCCCACGUCAUCGUCUGUUAGGACGCCAACGCAGUCACAGUCGGUGCCUGCCCAAUCAAGGCCAGACUACAGUCGAGUCCACUUUGAUUCACAGAAAGCAGCGCACCAAGCGGGCACUGGCGGAUCCAAGGACAUAUUUGCUGACAUUCUGGGCCAACAAGGCUACUCCUUUGGCAGCAAAAUGAACCAUGGUCCACGAUCCAUUAAUGAAAUGCGCAAGGAAGAUUUGGUAAGGGAUAUGGACCCGAAGAAAGUGCGGAUUAUGGAAUGGACCGAUGGUAAGAAAAAUAACAUCCGUGCGCUUCUUUGCUCUAUGCACACAGUGCUGUGGGACAAUGCCAAGUGGCAGCGCUGCGAGAUGUCCAGCAUGGUGGCACCAACCGAGGUCAAGAAAGCGUACCGUCGCGCCUGCCUAGCAGUUCAUCCUGAUAAGCAUAAUGGAACAGAGAAUGAGGAGAUUGCCAAGCUAAUUUUUAUGGAACUAAACAACGCAUGGACAGAUUUUGAAAACGAUGCCACGCAGCAAAAUAUGUUUAACGCGUAAAACGCGUCUUAUAUUAAUCGCAGUUAUCCCGUAUUUUCGCACUCUUAGCUGAAUCUAGUGUAAAUUCAUGUAAAAGUGUAAGCUUUAAUCCCUAAAGGUAAAGUAUUGGUAUAUGUAUGCUAGCGAUAGCGCAACCAAUUUAUAUAGCUCAACAACAAAUUCUGUACGCCUGAGGACAUCUUACUUAAUUUGUGUAACAGCAAAGCCAAAUUCAACAUUCCUUUUGCAUUAAACAACAAAAACGUCAGAAA